AUGGCAGUGACGCAUCAUCUGCAUGCUAUAUUAAUUCAUUAUCAUGGUGCCUACGUAGAUUUCUGUCGCGUCGAACGUGUUGUAUGCUUUCGACUAAAUUUGGAGAGAGUUAUCUACCGUGUAAAAACCAACAGAGCGAGAAAAAAAAGUAGAUCUACUUUCACUUCUUUAUUAGAAACGACCAUGGCCUGCUCCUCGGUGUGCUGCAUGGAAUGUCGGAGAGAAUUUCGAGUGAAGAACUUUGGAUUUGCAGACGUCCAUCCUGCUCGUUUUAUUUUGUUCCAGUGGCGUUUCCCCCCAAUUAUAUAUGUGGUGUAUCGAUUGAUCCUAGCCGUGUAUGCAGAUUUUUGGCUGAUUUACACCUCGACCUCAUUUAUUGGGUUUGGGACUACAGACAUGACCGACAUCAACACAGGGAAUGAUUCAGCACGAAACACCACCAACAGUGACUUUAUCCCGUACCCUUGGUAUGCAUAUCUAACAAACUGGACCUACCUUUUGCUGUGCAUAUAUCUAACAUGGCACUUUUUUGUCACAGUUGCAUUUCUCCUUCAAAACCCCAUGCCACUUAACAACCGACCAGACCAAAGUUUUCACCGAAAAAUUUUCUCAGAGGUUCGAUCCUCUGAAAGUUUUUACAACGCUGUUGACUAUAAUGGUAUCGCAUCGUCUUCCUUAGACCCAGUGCUGGGGAAUGAGAGGGUAGCCCUGCCCUGGUUCUUUAAGGCAACCUGGGUGCUACUGAAUAUGGCUAAUGUGGGGUGCGUUCUUGUGACAGUGGUCUUUUUCGCCUUCCUCUGGCCAAUGUUCAACGUGUCUCACAUUGACUUGUUUAAUCUCCAACUCCAUGGCAUCAACUCGGUGAUAAUAGGACUGGAAUUCUUCCUGACAGCCGUACCUAGCCGGCUUUACCACUACAUAUACCCGUUAAUGUAUGGUUUGACAUACCUUAUUUUCUCAGCCAUUUUUUAUGGUGCUGGAAACACUAAUCCCAUCUACCCAAAUGUCCUGGAUUGGUCUAAACCAGGACAAACAGCUGUUAUUUGUUUACUUCUGGGUUUUGUUUUCAUGCCACUGUUGCAGCUUCUAUUUUUCCUGAUGUACAAGCUGAGGUUGUUUAUAUACAAACAGAUUUCUUCUGAUGAUGAUGAUGUAAAUGAAGAAGACACCUCAGCUACAAAUUUUCACAACAUAUGAACAAGAAAUGAGAAUGUAAAUCAUGAUUUUUAUUUCAUUGUACUGGUAGAUUUUAUUUAUAUCAAUGAUACAUAUACAUAUGUAUCAAUUCACAUGUAAUCAGGGAAGUGAGUGUAUUUUUCUUAGUAGUUUGUAGUCCCGUGUUUUGCACACGGCACAUAAUACAUAUUAUUAAAGGCGUUUCAUAGACACUAGGUCACGUGUCAGGUUGCAAAGUCUCCCAGAUGCCAAAUGUGAUUUUAAUUUGUUCGAGAUGUAUCAAAAGCAUGUACAUGUAUAAAUCAUUAUUUUUAAAAUGUUUUUAAAAUCUGUCUAAUGCUAUUAUUGUUUACAGGGGUAUGUCCCUGAAUUUGGCACAAAUAAUUUUAUCUUUGGUAAAGAGAGGGGUGUUGAAACCUAUAUACAUGUACUCCCUUUUAGAUCUGUCAAUGUAUUCUUACAUCACCGUACAAUAAUGCAGUAUGUAUUUUAUGUCAUGAUAUACUGUAAUACAAAUACAUAAGAUCUAAUAUUUCUGUAUGAGAAAUGUGUAAUUUUGUUUCACCGUAUUUUCCAGGACAACUACAAUGUUACAGUAGCUUUGUAGGAAAUGAUGUUUGGUGUGAUACCAUAAUAGAUUGUUACAUGUCUGUGUGGCACAUUUCUUUUGGUCAGAUUAUGGCAUGUACUGAUGUUGUAAUAUUUGUGUCAUUUUAUACAUAUGUAUUGUGCCUUGUUAAGAAAUUUUUUUGAAGUUGUACUUAUUUCCAUUGAUGUUACCGAUGAGAGCCAAAGAUGAAAUGAUAUUUCUAGUCACUGUGAUAUAUUAAGAGUUACAUUUGUACAUGUUACAGGUAAAUAUUAAAAUCCCUCCAUCUGCUCACAUAAAUUGCCACCCAAGACUAUCUGACCAGAUCAAACGACCUAUCUAAUCUGAACUUGAUUGGUAUAUUAGUAUUAAGCUUAUAUGUGCAUGAUUUCAAAAGAAACUGACAUGAACAUAUUUUUUUCACAGAAUUUAGAAUGAAUUGUUAUAAUAAAUCAAAGUUUUUAAUAGUUUCUUAUACAUGCAAUAAACAUUUGCAAUAAAUGUCACAUUUUUUUUCUUAGGAAAAAAGAUCAAAGUGUUGAAUAAAAUGCAUUUUAGUAAUGGUA